AUGUUUCAUGAUGUUAUUUCUCAUAUUGUUGAUACUCAUGUUCUGUUUGUCACUGAAACUUGGCUCACUUCUGGUUCCUAUCCGAUUGACUGGUCUCAAUACCACUUGUAUGGUUCAAAAGUACCUGGUGCUUUCAACCGUGGUUCUGGUGGUAUCACUGCUUUUGUCUCUCCUUCUUGCCCCUUUACGGUCUUCCAACUCCCUUCAUACAAUCCGCACACUCUGUCUCUCAAGGUUGGCACCCUAACGGUUCAUUGUGUUUACUUUCCUCCACCCUUAUCCUCUGAUAAGGUGCUCUCGGCCCUCAGCUCAUUACCUAUGACUAGGGAUACUAUUCUCUGCGGUGAUUUCAAUGCUCGGUUGGGUCCUCUGACUGGUGAUGUUAUCUCCAAUGCUCGUGGUAAUGCUCUCAAACCUUGGUUUGACGAACAUUGCUUAUCUGUGCUUAAUGCGUCUUUGGCUUUUGGUGUUAAGACUUACUCUUCUUUUCGGCAGCAGCAAGAAUUGAGUAGUAUUAUCGAUCUGUUUCUGACAAAUAUUGGUGAUGUUGCUUUGGUGAACCCUCAAACUGGUGGUUGA